ACCUGGGUCAAGCUCUACGUCGCUGCGCAGCCGUCUCUCACGGGCCGGACGUGACGUAGGGAGAGUUCCGGCUUCGGCCUCUGCCGCUGCCGCCGCUACUUCAGCCCCUGCCACUGCCGCCGCCGCCGUAGGGGCUAGUUCUUUCUAAAAUGGCGCCCCUAGACUUGGACAAGUAUGUGGAGAUAGCGCGGCUGUGCAAGUACCUGCCGGAGAACGACCUGAAGCGGCUAUGUGACUAUGUUUGUGACCUCCUCUUGGAAGAGUCAAAUGUUCAGCCAGUAUCAACACCAGUAACAGUGUGUGGAGACAUACACGGACAGUUUUAUGACCUUUGUGAACUAUUCAGAACUGGAGGUCAGGUUCCUGACACAAACUACAUAUUUAUGGGUGAUUUUGUAGACAGAGGUUACUAUAGUUUGGAGACCUUCACUUACCUUCUUGCACUAAAGGCUAAAUGGCCUGAUCGUAUUACACUUUUGCGAGGAAAUCAUGAGAGUAGACAGAUAACACAAGUUUAUGGAUUUUAUGAUGAGUGCCAAACCAAAUAUGGAAAUGCUAAUGCCUGGAGAUACUGUACCAAAGUUUUUGACAUGCUCACAGUAGCAGCUUUAAUAGAUGAGCAGAUUUUGUGUGUUCAUGGUGGUUUAUCUCCUGAUAUCAAAACACUGGAUCAAAUUCGAACCAUUGAACGGAAUCAGGAAAUUCCUCAUAAAGGAGCAUUUUGUGACCUGGUUUGGUCAGAUCCUGAAGAUGUAGAUACUUGGGCUAUCAGUCCCCGAGGAGCAGGUUGGCUUUUUGGCGCAAAGGUCACAAAUGAGUUUGUUCAUAUCAACAACUUAAAACUCAUCUGCAGAGCACACCAACUAGUGCACGAAGGCUAUAAGUUUAUGUUUGAUGAGAAGCUGGUAACAGUAUGGUCUGCACCUAAUUACUGCUAUCGUUGUGGAAAUAUUGCUUCAAUAAUGGUCUUCAAAGAUGUAAAUACAAGAGAACCAAAGUUAUUCCGGGCAGUUCCAGAUUCAGAACGUGUUAUUCCUCCCAGAACAACGACGCCGUAUUUCCUUUGAGGCCUGCGCCCAUCCUGCUGACCGGUCACAUUUUCUGCCCUCUUCUUACCCCAACUUUCGUGUAUUACCCUCUAUAAUAUACUUUUUAUUGAGCACUUUGCUGCUGAAAUGCUGCCUCUUGCCUUUUUUUAUUUUAAAUUAUCUAAAUUUAUUGUUUGUUAUGGUGUCUAUAACAAUGUUUUCCUAUCAGUUUUCUCCCCCAUCCCAUCCCCACCUUGGACUCAUCUGAGAAGACUUGAGAAAUGUCUUAAUACUCAUACUGCUGCAUGUAGCUCUUGCUUAUUUACUGGUCUGGGGGAAACAAGAUGUGUUUCCUUUUUAAAAAAGCCAAUUGACAGAACAGACGACACUGAAAUACUCCUUUGUAUCAUUCAGGCUUUUGUUUUAGUUCGGUAAGUUUUAAGAAAUUUCAGCAGCAAAGUUGUUAUUCAGUGGGCACGAUGGACUGCCAAUGCCUCGAGUUAUGUAUACUUGUCCCAGCUGUAAACUUCAUUGUCCUUUGUUGGAUAUUUUAAGUGGAUAUAAAAUAAAUUGGUCUAAAGGGCU